UUGUUCUCUCUCUCUCUCUACUAGUUCAUAGUUUCUCUCUAUCUCCUCUGUUUUUUUUGUUUUUUUUCUUGCUCUGUUCCAUUCCAAUGGAGGAACAAAACUGGAUAAGAGGACCAAUCAUUGGACGAGGUUCAACAGCUACUGUCUCACUUGCGAUCACUAACUCUGGUGACUUCUUCGCCGUCAAAUCCUCUGAGCUUUCUUCAUCGGCGUUAUUGCGGAGAGAAGAGUCGAUUUUGUCGAAGUUGAGCUCUCCUUACGUAGUCAAGUACAUUGGGUCUAAUGUAACGACGGAGAACGACAAGCCGAUGUAUAAUCUCCAGAUGGAGUAUGUUUCCGGCGGGAGUAUUCACGAUUUGAUCAAGAACUCAGGCGGGAAGUUACCGGAGCCGGUGAUUAGGUCCUACACUCGUCAGAUAUUGAAGGGUUUGGUGUAUCUUCACGGUCAAGGAAUCGUUCAUUGCGAUGUGAAGAGCCAGAAUGUGAUGAUCGGUGGAGAGACUGCGAAGAUCGUCGAUUUGGGUUGUGCUAAAACGGUGGGAGAGAAUUGGAAUUUUGAGUUUUCCGGUACACCGGCGUUUAUGUCUCCGGAGGUAGCACGUGGUGAAGAACAGAGUUUUCCAGCUGAUGUGUGGGCUUUGGGGUGUACGGUGAUAGAGAUGGCUACAGGGUCAAGUCCAUGGCCGGAGUUAAACGACGUCGUUGCUGCGAUUUACAAGAUUGGUUUCACCGGCGAUUCGCCGGAGAUUCCGGUUUGGUUAUCGGAUAAAGGUAAAGACUUUAUGAAGAAUUGUCUAAGGAAAGAUCCAAAACAGAGAUGGACUGUUGAAGAAUUGCUUCAACACCCGUUUCUUGACGAGGACAACGACGACGAAGCUCGUAACUGUCUGAAUUCUUCAUCUCCUAGUACUGUGUUGGACCAAGGUUUCUGGGAUUUGUGUGAAACCUCGAGAACUCGAGCUUUAGUUAAAGCUGAGCACGAAGACACAUUUGCAAAUUUCUUAUGGGAUGAUGAUUCUUUACCGGCUGAUCGGAUCAAGAAACUCAGUUCCGGUGAACCGGAGUGGGAAACGAACGGGUGGAUUGAAGUAAGGGGAGAUGAAGAGAAACGUAACGAUGACGAAGACGAAGAAGAUGAGAAUUGCGUUGAAGCAACGUCAUCGGAUGAGGAAGAGGAAGAAGAAGAAGUGGGAGGAGGAUUAGAGAACUGGAUCUGGGAUCAAGAAGACAGCUUGUUCUUGGAAUAUUCCCCUGAGAACAACAUUAAUUAUUUAAACUCUUUUAAUAACCUCUUUCAAGAGGAUAUAAUUCUAUAUUAUUACCAUCAUCUUGAAGAUGGUUUUGUUGUAUCCAAAGUUUAUUAUGAUGAUUAUGAUGUUAGUAAGAAUAGUCAUUUCUUUAGCCACAUUACAACUUCUUGUUUAGAGAUUCCUAAUUACAAUCGAUCUGACGCCUUUUUGAUAACUUCACAUGAAGGUAUAUAUAGUGACAAUUAUUCUAAAGAGCAACAAGUGAUUAUCUAUUUUUCUUAA